UAAAUGGAAGAUUGUUAUACCCUAUUAGAGUAGGAAAUGUGGCAGUUCGUCCAGUGAUCCGUGGGUGAUCUUUCACAAAUUUGUUGGUGAAUUGGCCUACAGACAGUUCGUAGCUCACCCCUUGUCGAGGUUACUUGGGUUUAAUAGUUUCAUACAAUCUUAAGGAAUGAGUUGUUAAACUAGAACAAUCUACGACACAAAUGUGACCACACAGUAAGGCCCCGUUCUUUAUUCCGUUUCAAACUGACUUUUUCACCCAAAAGCACUUUUCUCUUAAAAGGAGCAAAGAACAGCCUCCUUUUAGCUUAAAAUUUCUCCAUCCCAAAAGUGCUUCUCUCUAGACGGAGAAGCCAAAAAAUUCUCUUUUUCUUCUGCUGUAGCUGCUUUUGGACGAAAAUUUACCAAAUACCCCUGUCUUCUCCCCUUUCCCCUCUGCUGGUUCCCUGUUCUUUCCCCUCUGCCAAACACACAAAUUUCUCCAAGCUUUAUACCCGAUUUCUUUAUACCCGAAAAUUUCUCCUUUUAUCUCCAAGCUUUAUACCCGAUUUCUUUUCCCCAUUUUCAGCUUUCAAAGCUCUAUUUUCUGUUCUUUGUUCCUCUUCCGCAACAGAGUUUGAAGCUGCUGAUUUGCUGGUAUUUCUUUAUACUGCUUUUGCUGUUAAGAGAUGAAAAAGAAUAAUCGACUUCUCUUGCUGAACCGCACUCUAGCAAUAUUCAAUUGACGUGCAUGUUUUGGUUUACAAUACGAGGAUUUUUAGCCUGGUAGACUGGUUGAGGUGUGAGUUUACAAUGGUGGAUAACGAGUAUGCGGGGUCUGCUUAUUCUCAAUCAACCUAUUCUGGAAUUCCUUGGUUCUUGGACUUGACAAAGUAAAUCCCAGGUGAUGAGUAUAGUUGAGGAUUACAGCGGUGAUGAAAAUGAUGAUGAAAGAGAAAAGAAAGAGAUUUUACAACGCAUGGAAUGUUUUAAUCGAUUAUUCGUUGCUGCAUCUUCUUCCGUACAUUUAUAUUACGAGAAGUAUAUAUCGAGGCAACCAUGCAUGGAUUCAAAACAGUCAGGUGAGACAUGGAUACGAGAGAUACUCGACGGUCAUGAAUCACGUUGUAUGAUUAAUUUUAGGAUGUCUAAAACGGUAUUCACAAGUUUGUUGAGAGUUUUGGAGACAAGAUACAACUUGCAAACUUCAAGAAACAUAUCUUCUACUGAAAUGUUGGGAAUUUUUUUAUACAUCUUGGGCACCGGCGCAAAAGUUUCCCAAUGUCGAGAAAGAUUUCAGAGGUCUGGAUCAACAAUAAGUCGACACUUUGCAACUGUGCUUGAGAAAGUUUCAAGGAUGGCCACUGAUCUAAUUGCACCCGAAGAUCCUUUUUUUAGCUCAAUACCCGAACAAAUACGUAAUGAUUCUAGAUAUAUGCCGCAUUUUAAGGAUUGCAUUGGUGCAAUUGAUGGUACUCACAUUGCCGCUAUUCUUCCACCAAAUGAACAAAUUCCCUAUAUUGGAAGAAAAGUUAUCCCGACUCAAAAUGUUAUGGCAGUAUGUGAUUUUAAUAUGUGUUUCAUCUUUGUCAUGGCUGGAUGGGAAGGAUCGACACAUGACACUAGAAUAUUUCUUGAUGCAAUUCGAGAUCCGAAAUACAAAUUUCCGCACCCACCAAAUGGAAAAUAUUAUCUUGUUGAUUCUGGAUAUCCUCAAAUGAAAGGUUAUCUUGGACCAUAUAGAGGUCAGCGAUAUCAUUUACCUGACUUUCGUAGAGGUAGACCGGUAUCUGGUAAAGAAGAGAUAUUCAAUCAUUCACAUUCAUCAUUACGUAGCGUGAUUGAACGAACUUUUAAUGUUUUGAAAAAAAAAUGGGCCAUUUUAAGGGAUAUGCCAAGUUAUAGUUUUGAGAAGCAAACGAUGAUCGUUGUUGCUACAAUGACGAUACACAAUUUUAUCCGAAAACAUGUCGGUAAAAAUGAUGCAGAUUUUAUGGAAUACGAAGAUAUUGAUUCAGAAAAUGCGCAUGGUCGAGAAAGUGAUGACGACGACGAUGAUGAUGGUGAUGAUGACGGUGAUGAUGACGCUGAAUCAAACAAUUCAAGUGGUUUUGAAAUGAAAUUAACAAGAGAUGCUAUAGCUUCUAGUUUAAUGAAUUCACUUUAAAUUGUAAUGAUAUUGUAAAAUUUUUAGUAUUUAUAUUUGAUAUAUAAAUAUUAUCCCUUUUUAAAACUUUUAUCCAAAUAUAUGUAAUAUUUUAA